AGCGUGCUCGGUUAGGCAGCAGUGCGGGGGGGGGAUCCGAGCGGCGUUACGCGCUGAGCUCUGGAAGGGCGCAAACAGCGCCGCGGUAGUGCGCAACUCGGGACAUGGAGUGAGAGCACACAUCGGACUCGGUGUAGUGGACCGACACAGACGAAAACACCAUGUAGCUGGAGCCUCGACGCUGGGUUCCUUUACUCUGUCUGAAAUCAGAAGCCGAAACCAUUGCACUGGACAGAAACGGCGGUGAGACAAACAUGCUCUCACCGUUCUUGGCGUACUUUUUAUCCGGUCUUGUUUUGUGUCGGAUCGCUCACUCCCAGUACUCCAGCGACCAGUGCAGCUGGAAGGGCAGUGGUCUGUCCCACGAAGGCCACACCCAGGACGUGGAGCAGGUGUACCUACGCUGCUCUCAGGGCUCUCUGGAGUGGCUGUACCCGACGGGGGCCGUCAUCGUCAACCUGCGGCCCAACACGGCCCCGGCCUCGACCGCCGCCGCGGCCCACCUGGGGGUGUGCAUUAAGCCGUCGCGGGAGUCCAGCGGCACGCGCAUCUACCUGGACCGGCUGGGUGAACUGCGGCUGCUGCUGCACGAGCGGCAGCAAGCCGAGGGACACGUGCAAUGCUUCGGCAUCCAGGAGGGGGCGCUCUUCAUCGAGGCCGUGCCCCAGACAGACAUCAGCCGCAAGAUCACGGCCUUCCAGUACGAACUGGUCCGCUACAGGCCUGGAGCCGACCCCCAUUCACUGGCUGCCCCAUGCCAGCCUUGCACAGAUGUGGAGCUGCUUUUAGCUGUCUGCACUAAUGACUUUGUCGCGCGUGGCAGUAUUCUUGGGGUGGAGCAGGGGGAGGAGCAGACGUCGGUUGCCGUGACGCUGAGCCACCUGUACAGGCAGAAGAGCCAGGUAUUCGUGUUUGGCGGCGUGCGGGCCAGGCGGUGGGCGGGCCACAUCAACCUGCCUCGCGAGUGCGGCGUGCGGCCAGGCCAGGGCGAUUUCCUCUUCACGGGCACUGUGCGCUUUGGGGAGGCGUGGCUCACCUGCGGCCCCCGCUACAGGGACUUCCUGAGAGUGUACCAGGAGGCCAGGAGCCAGGGGACCAACCCCUGCCACAUCGACACAGACUGAGCACGAGGCAGAGAGCACCCGCACUGCUUCACCUGAAGGAACUGGACCCAGGGCUGGAUGUUUCCCCUCUCUCUCUCCGGGUUCUACACCAUCAGACUUAAAUGAGACCCCCUUUUACGUUCUCCCUCUGACGUGUUUGGCGGCAGCUUCUCGAGCCCGUAAUGCUGAUGUGCACACAGAGGGCUGAAGCUGGCGUCUGCUCGCCAAGCAACUUCCCUCGUGUCUCGUGACGUCCUAAAUCUGAUACUCUUGGAUUCUAAUGCCUUACAUUUGAACGGUCGAUGUAGCAUAUGUGCGCGUUUAAACGUGCAAAAAUGUGAAAGAACAUUCUACAAUGGAAGA